CGAUGCACUCAACAGUUGAGUAUUUGCGGUGAACUAGUGAAUAGGCAGCGCUAAAAUGGGUUUUACGAGAACAGUUUAUUUGGCUACAGCCUUAUUGGGCGUGGCUAGUUUGGCGUUGGUGCAAGCUGACGAACAAAUUUAUCGCAUGUGUGUGCCUCAAAAAUACUACAAAGACUGCUUGGAUCUGCUGAAGGAUCCCUCUGAGGCUGGCAUAAAAAUGGAAUGUGUCGCUGGACGUGAUCGCAUCGAUUGCUUGGACAAAAUCAAUCAACGCAAGGCUGAUGUGCUCGCCAGCGAACCGGAGGAUAUGUAUGUUGCUUAUCAUACUAAGAAUCAGGAUUAUCGCGUCAUCUCGGAAAUACGCACGAAGGAGGAUAAGGAUGCCGAGUUCCGUUAUGAGGGCAUUAUUUUGGUGAAGAAAAAUUCGAAUAUUAACAGCAUGAAGGAGCUGCGCGGCAAGAAAUCCUGUCACACCGGUUUUGGACGCAAUGUGGGCUAUAAGGUGAGUGAGCUAAUGCUUUUUGUGAAGAAUUUGUGGAGGGUUUUUUCAAUUAUGCGUUCUUAGGAAAAAUUAGACUUU